GUAGCUCUAAAUGCUACCAGUUCACAUGACAAGACAUGGCUUACUCAGUCAGUGUGGUUAUGACCGACUCUUAACCGCGUUUAGAGAGCGUUUUUUCCCAGUGGGACAUGCUUCCUGAAUACUAAAUAACUGUUAUUCUCUAUCUCCAGACAGCAGAGAAACGUAAGCUACAACAGCGACGCUUCAUUUUUUGCUAACGGUCCGUCAAGUCAAGUGCAGUUUGUGCUGCGCCGCACCGUAGACCCACCUGCGCCCGAAGCAGCGACGACAACAACACUGCUCCGGGUUUUUUCCCCCGCCACCAUCGGUCUUAACAGAAGGACAAAAAAGUGAAUUCUGCUUCGUGGUGUCGUUUAACCUGAAGGAUGAAACUCUGUCACGCUUUGGCCUCGCUCAUCAUCGCCUGGUUAACGGUUUUAGGCUGUAUUGAGGCUGUUACUUUUGAGGUGAAAGAGGGGAACUCCACUUGCAUUAAGGCUGAGCUCUCUGCAUCAUUCUCCAUCACAUACAACACCUCCAACAGCACAAGUACAGUGCAGGUCGCUCUGCCUGACUCCGCCACAGUCGACACAGGCAGGAGCUCCUGUGGCACAGACGGCGGCUCACCGUGGCUGGUGGCGGUGUUUGGACCCGGCCACACACUGGGGCUGAGCUUUUCAACCAAUGGGAGUCUGUACAGCAUCGCUAACCUGACGCUGCAGUACAACCUCAGCGACGCAUCAAUCUUCCCUGAGGCCAACAGCUCUGAUGUGGUCACUGUGGUGUCGGCUUCAGUUGGGAUCUGGGCGUCAAUCAACACCACCUACCGCUGUGUGAGCCCCACCACUUACAGAGUUGGUGGAGCAACUGUCACUUUCUCUGACAUGAGGCUAGAGGCGUACAUGCCCGGAAAUGACCUGAGUCCCACAGAAAGUGUAUGUAUGGCGGACAGGGCUGGUACUACAGCUCCUCCUACCACUGCUGCUUCUACUACAACAACAGCUCCACCAGCACCAACCCCUCCUGGAACACCUGAGCGGGGUGACUACUCUGUAAAAAACAGCAAUGGCACAGUUUGUCUCUUGGCCCAGAUGGGACUCCAGUUUAACGUCUCCUAUGUCUCUAAAUCUCAGAAUAAGACUGUCCAAGAUUUAGUAAACCUGACCCCCAACCUGACAAUAUCAUCAGGAUCAUGUGAAGCCAGCAGAGCUACCUUGGUUUUGACACAGGAGCAAACCACCAGACUCAGCUUCACCUUCACUCUGAACUCCACAUCCAGCAAGUACCACCUGAGUGGGAUAGCUCUGUUCGCUAAUUGGUCCGAUAUGACUGCUCCCUUCUCAGCCAGUAACACCAGUCUGAACUACCUGCGCAGCACGCUGGGCCGCUCUUACAUGUGCAACGCAGAGCAAACUUUAGUUGUGGAACCAACCUUCUCUCUCAACACAUUCAGACUGCAGGUCCAACCUUUUGGAGUCACCACCAGCCAGUUUGCUACAGCGGAGGAGUGUCAGAUGGACCAAGACCAGAUGCUCAUCCCCAUCAUUGUUGGGGCAGCUCUUGCCGGCCUGGUGCUGAUUGUGCUCAUUGCGUACCUAAUAGGCAGGAAGAGGAGCCACGCUGGAUACCAGACCAUCUGAAUAGACCCCUCAUUAACUUAAACCUGACAGACUGAUCAGCAGAGAGAUGAACCUUUAGUGAGUAAAUGAGCGAGUGGACGUGAGUAUGAGUGAAUGGAAGCAGUUGUUUCUCUGUGGUGAGUGCAUGUUUCCUAUGUGACCUCUGGAUAUUUUUAUUUUCCCUUCACUUUUAUCUGUGGAAUGAUGAUGAGAAGCCAAAUACCUGCUAAGUUUUGAUGGUGUGCAUCUUAAUGAAGCUUCAGAGGACUGAGUCUCCACAUCAUCAAGGAUGGAGGCAGUUUGCGUUUUGCUUUAAUAAGUUCACCAUCAGCUGUUUGGAUCUACUCUUGUUGAAUUUGCUUGAACUGCUGUUUGUUGUUUUUAGCUAUGUAAUUAUUUAUAUAUAAAAAAAAAACAAUAUCCCAUGCAGUUAAAGAGGGAGAGACAAACUAACUGGAUAAAGUUUAAGUUCCUGUGGCUUGUCCACUCUUGGUCAACAGUCAAAGUAAACAAGUAUUUUUUUAUAACAUCAUGAGCACAAGAUAAUCCCAGUGACUCUAAGAGAAGGGAAAACUCUGAAUGUGUCUUUUUCAAUCAUAUUCCUCCACAGUGGAGAUCGAUAAAAGCCUGAACUGUGCCUGUCAGUGCACUGAGGCACAGUAAGGUAACUAACUGGUAACAAUGAUGGUAAAAAUGUGGAUUGCUGCUUUGUGUAAACAGCGUGCAGUCCAGCCAUGCGAGUGCGACUCUAUUACUAAAAUUCAUUUAACAGGACAAGUGAACAGGUGCAUGGGUUUCUAUUCUCGCUUUUCCCGCCACCCUCUCCCAUGUUAAAAGAGAUGUUAAUAUGAAUUGUAGUGAUUUUAUCUUUUAUUUUUAUAGAAAAUGAUGUGAUCUCGUUUUCUAUUAUGCAUCUUACUGAAAGUUAAUAAAAAUCUUAAAAAUC